AAGUUUGGGCAGGCCGCCCCCAGGAGGCGGUAGCCUCCUCUGUAAAAAUGGCCUGCUGCGGCUGAGUGGGAGGAUCCUGGCUUAGCUACAGAGCCCGCGGGUGGGUGUCUGUAAGUGAAUGAGGGAGGAGACAGAGAAGAGAAGCAGCCUAGCACCUAGCCAGUCAGCGGAAAUCCCAAAAGAAAACACAGAGGACUACCCUCUGCAAUAGCUGCGGCUCCUUGUUCGCACGCGCUGAUUUACCAGGCCACCUCUCGCAGGCAGCUCUGCCCACAGCAAUCUGCAGCAAUGGGCGUGGAAGGCUGCACCAAGUGCAUCAAAUACCUGCUUUUUGUCUUUAAUUUUGUCUUUUGGCUUGCAGGAGGAAUCAUUCUUGGUGUGGCGCUCUGGCUCCGUCAUGAUUCGCAGACCACAAAUAUCCUGUACUUGCAUCUAGGUGACAAGCAGGCCCCUAAUACAUUCUAUAUUGGGAUCUACAUCCUGAUUGCUGUUGGUGCAGUGAUGAUGUUUGUGGGGUUCCUGGGAUGCUAUGGUGCUAUCCAGGAGUCCCAGUGCCUUCUGGGAACGUUCUUCACUUGCCUGGUGAUCCUGUUUGCUUGUGAAGUGGCAGCUGGAAUCUGGGGAUUCGUCAAUAAAGACCUGGUUGCCAAAGACGUGAAGCAGUUCUAUGACCAAGCAUUGCAACAAGCGUUGCAACAAGACCUGUCAGAUUCUGAUGCGACUAAUGCGAAAACUGUGGUGAAGACCUUCCAUGAAACGCUGGAUUGCUGCGGUGCAAACACCAUGAUGGCCAUAAGUGCCUCGUUCAUCAAAAAUGAUCUCUGUCCAAAGGAAAAAACCUUGCUGGAAACAAUUACCCAGGGUCAACUGCCCCAGGAUUGUCAUAAGAAAAUUGAUGAGCUGUUCUCGGAGAAGUUGUACCUGAUUGGUAUUGCAGCCAUCGUGGUGGCUGUGAUCAUGAUCUUCGAAAUGAUCCUGAGCAUGAUACUGUGCUGUGGCAUAAGGAAUAGCACCGUGUAUUGAGAAGUGGAGAGUUGGGGGGGGAAGGUUGGAGAUGACCGUGCAAAAGGGACCCCAAGUGCCACCAAGUGACCAGGAGACAUUUCAACAAAAGACAAAGAAAACUAUGUAUAUAAAUACUUCCAAUAUUACCAUACAGUACUUAGCAUUGUUACUUUAAACUACUUUUUUUUUUUAAACAAGUAAAACUUUCCCAUGACCUUGUGGCUGAGUUAGUUACACAUCAGUUUUGUGUGGUAGGGAAAGCUACUGUACCAGCGAUUCUGACACACCCCCCCCCUUUUUUUUGUCCUCCCCAUUAUUUCAGUGAUGAUGUUUAUGGUGCAGAAACACAGAGGUACAGAGCAGCAGGCUACAGCCUCUUGUGAGGACAGUGAACACCUUUGCCUUGGUUUUAAGUUUAUAACUGGAAACUGAAGCAGGGUUUUUUGUCUUCCUCUCUUUUCCCCGUGGUCCUGACUCCAUGGCAUUCCCUAGCUGCUCAUAGGAAAGUUUGACUUGGAGUGCAAAGCCUGGUAGAAAUUAGAAGCGGGGGAACACAGUCCUUCAAGCUGAGAUGCAGCCCAGGGGGCCUGUUCCAAUCAGACACAUUUAUGUUGCAAAAUAAACAUGAGAGUUGAAUAGUUACAAUUUUAAAUUCUAACUUUUGCUUUUUUUCCCCUGGGGUUUGUAACUCAUUUAAAAACAAAACAACAAAUGGACCCAUUCAUUUUGGCCUGAAGCUGUCUCACAGGUUCAUAGCCUGGGAGUGAAUUCUUACCCCGUUUUCCCCCCCAAAUUCUUCAAAUGACUGAAAAAUAAGCCUGCUUUAUGUUCCUGGACACUACUUUCCAGUCAUGUAACAUGGGGACUGGAGGGGCUGGAUUUCCAGUCUGGUUUUGUUAGUUCCUAAUUUGAACUGAUACUUCUGUAUAAAGGAUAUAUUAAAAGGGGGAGGGUAGGUAAGCGCUGAGAUCCGGAACACUCAAAAUCCUCUACAAAACAAAUGUAGGAUGACUUUGGGGGUGGUUUUUUUCAUGUUAUUUCAAACUAAUUUUGUCUUUGCAUCAUAGUUCUCGUUGAUACAGUUUUGUUUGCUCAUGGCAUAUUGUCAUAUAUGCUGUAAUUAUGCCAAAAAUUCCAUAACCUGUUAAACAUUGUUUUUUAAAAGCCUUUCAUUUAAAACCUACAUUAAGAGUUGGAAACCAACUCACUCAAGCUGGGAAAUUCAGGAUUUAAGAAGGCACAGUUUGAACAUACUUUUUUUGUGUAGGUUAAAAUCCAAGCUAGAUGUUACCAACUAAAUGUGUGUGGCUUUAACUGUAUGCCACUCCAUUGGACUAACAGAAUCGCUGUUGCCCUGUACAUAAGAGGAUAGUGUGCGCCUCAAAUCCUACGUAAUAAAAGUGUGUGUGUCUCUCUCUCUCUCUAAAAGAUGCUCUAUAUGUAUAGAUAGAUAUAUUUUAAACAAAGCUAUUUCACUUUUCCCUACCCCUUGUGGGUACUUGAGUUGGGGACUCCAGCAUCUUGCAGCUGUUGGCUGAGCAGAAGCAGGAAGUUUUUAUUCUCAACCCAGUUAAGAUUUGAGGUUCCUCUUGCUUUCUCCCUGUGCCCCUUUAAGGGAUGUUUCUAUUUCCCUGAAGUGUUACUUUUGAAAGUUACAAAAGAAUGAGUGUUCCAAAUCAGGUUUGGGGUGAGGGGGAUCCUGUGUUCUUUCUAGGCUCUGCGCACCCCUUCACCACUGUGUGUUAGGUACCACAGCCAUUGCUACACACUGAAUGAGGGAUUCCCACAAGUGGGCAAAUUGAUCAAUCCAGAGGCUUAUUUUUUCUCCUUGUUUCCCUUUCUUGCCUGUUUAAGCACAUAAGGGCUCUAAAAAAACAAAAAAAAGUGACCUAAGGAAGAGGUGUAUCAACACAGCCUAGAUUGAUUGGGGGUUGGGCAGGAAGUAAUUUAACCGUAGAAGCAGCCUUAAAGUAACAUUGCCUUGAAUGUCCAUUUUGCAUGCAUUGGAAAGAAGAACAGAUGGUGCCUCCUCCACUGUAUAUUUUUUAGGGUCACCUGCUCUGAUAUGUGGCUAUAUGUAAAAUGUGAUGCAUCAGCUGAGCAUGUGUGUUUACAUAUAUGUGCAUCAGGGUUGUUAGCAUACAGAAUGGAUGUGUAACUCGCCACUUCUUUGUCAACUGUUGAUAAAUAUGUAUAAAUAUGCCAUUAAGCAUUUCAGUUUUGUUUUUUCCUAUACCGUAUAUUUGAUAUUGUUCAGUAUUCAGUUGAUAUUGUGUCAGUAGCUGGAGCUCUGUUUGAAGAUUUGCUGGGUCUCCAAAGAAGCAAGUGCAGGUCAGGCACAUUCUUAGAUGUAGCUUUAAGGUACUAGACUUGCCCUUUGCAUUAGCAAGUGGAAGAAGUGACUAUUGAGAAGCAUGCUGGGCUGAAGCCUGAUAAGUGUGGGAGGAAAACAUGGAAGCAAAGUCUUUGGUCAAAAAGUGCCCUGAGAUUGCUGGAAUUUACCAUCCAACCCCAAACUACAUAACAGAAAGUAACUAUUCACUUCGAACUCUGGUGAUGCCCUGGUAGCUGUCAGCUACCAAUGCAGCCUCCCGCCCUGGAGAAAAAGCCUGCAUGGAAGAGAUGCUGAUGGAACUCGGAGCUCUGAAGGCUGGGGAAAUGGUUUUUGAGUGUGGCCGCAGUGAUUUGGGAUUAGGUUAGAGGGAAUAGAGUCCUGAGGACACAGAGGGGUCAGACUGGAGGUCACGGAAGGAAGCUGGGUUUCACUGGGUGGAAUUAAUGCCCUGUCCAUUUCUCUUCAGGGUUAUUACAGGAGUAUUCCCAUGUCCCAUUGCUUGUUUGUCAGCCUGCCACGCCAGGGGAGGGAGAGAAGGAGCUGCCAUGCAUAAGAAUGGACUGAGGAGUUGAGGAACAGCUAAGUAAAACAACUGCUUUGGUCAUCUCUGUCCUAAACUCCUGAGAAGGGGAGGCCUAAGCAGAAUGGAGGCGGUGUGUGUGAAAAUCUGAGAGCAGA